CUAUAUACAGUUCUGUGUGGUCGCAGCACAUAAGCAAAUCCAUUCUUGUGCCGUUUCUCGGAAAAGCUUUUCAGUAAAUGCACUCAUGCUGCUCCAGGAGCUCUUCUCUGCAACAAGCUGCCCAUCUGCCAUCAACAAGUUAAGACCGAGAGAACUAACGGCUGCAGAAAGGAGAGACUGAAGCUUUGAUUAACCAGCUGAGCAGUUAGAGGAAGACAAAAUUAAUAACUUACAUUCAAAACUGAUUUAGGUGAUCAGAGUGGUCACAGAAAAUGAAACCACUGCUUUCGAGAGGAAUAUCCUAAGGAAAAAACAACUCACCCUGGUGGAUUCAAUUUUACUAAGAAAGCCUGGGACACAGAAAAACAGGAAACUGCUCAAAGGCUCCUGCAUAUUAGAGCCUUUUACAGACUCACUGCGUUGAGUCUAACAACCGCGACUGAAUGCAGCCUCCAAUGUGCUCAGAAGAAUGGGCUUACAUUUCAAGUGGCCAUUAGGGGCCCCUAUGCUGGCAGCAAUAUAUGCAAUGAGUAUGGUUUUAAAAAUGCUGCCUGCCCUGGGUAUGGCGUGUCCACACAAAUGCCGCUGUGAGAAGCUGCUCUUCUACUGCGACUCUCAGGGCUUCCACUCAGUGCCAAACACCACAGACAAGGGCUCUUUGGGCCUGUCCCUGAGGCACAACCACAUCACAGAGCUCGAAAGAGAUCAAUUUGCCAGCUUCAGUCAACUUACCUGGCUCCACUUAGACCACAAUCAAAUCUCAACAGUAAAAGAAGAUGCUUUUCAAGGACUAUAUAAACUUAAGGAAUUAAUCUUAAGUUCCAACAAAAUAUUUUAUUUGCCAAACACAACUUUUACCCAACUGAUUAACCUGCAAAAUUUGGACCUGUCUUUUAAUCAGCUGUCAUCUCUGCACCCAGAGCUCUUCUAUGGCCUCCGGAAGCUGCAGACCUUGCAUUUACGGUCCAACUCCCUGCGGACUAUCCCAGUACGCCUGUUCUGGGACUGUCGUAGUCUGGAGUUUCUGGAUUUGAGCACAAACCGUUUGCGAAGUUUGGCUCGCAAUGGAUUUGCGGGAUUAAUCAAACUGAGAGAGCUUCACCUAGAGCACAACCAGCUGACAAAGAUUAAUUUUGCUCAUUUCCUACGGCUAAGCAGUCUGCACACGCUCUUCUUACAAUGGAACAAAAUUAGCAACUUGACAUGUGGGAUGGAGUGGACCUGGGGCACUUUGGAAAAGCUAGACCUGACUGGAAAUGAAAUAAAAGCCAUCGACCUGACAGUGUUUGAAACAAUGCCUCAUCUUAAAAUACUCCUCAUGGAUAACAACAAGUUAAACAGCCUUGAUUCCAAGAUCUUAAACUCCCUGAGAUCCCUCACAACCGUCGGCCUCUCUGGCAAUCUGUGGGAAUGCAGCCCUCGAAUAUGUGCUUUGGCCUCCUGGCUGAGCAGUUUCCAAGGUCGGUGGGAGCAUUCCAUCCUAUGCCACAGCCCUGACCACACCCAAGGAGAGGAUAUACUAGAUGCAGUCCAUGGAUUUCAGCUGUGCUGGAAUUUAUCAACCACCGUCACUGCCAUGGCUACAACUUAUAAAGAUCCAACCACUGAAUAUACAAAAAGAAUAAGCUCAUCAAGUUAUCAUGUGGGAGACAAAGAAAUCCCAACUACUGCAGGCAUAGCAGUUACUACUGAGGAACACUUUCCCGAACCAGACAAUGCCAUCUUCACUCAGCGGGUAAUUACAGGAACAAUGGCUUUAUUGUUUUCUUUCUUUUUUAUUAUUUUUAUAGUGUUCAUCUCCAGGAAGUGCUGCCCUCCCACUUUAAGAAGAAUUAGGCAGUGCUCAAUGAUUCAAAACCACAGGCAGCUCCGAUCCCAAACACGACUCCAUAUGUCAAACAUGUCAGACCAAGGACCGUAUAAUGAAUAUGAACCCACCCAUGAAGGACCCUUCAUCAUCAUUAAUGGUUAUGGACAGUGCAAGUGUCAGCAGCUGCCAUACAAAGAAUGUGAAGUAUAAUGUCUACCCAUCGUCAAAAAUUACAUCAGAUAAGUAACCUAUUUUACAUAGUAGGGGCUAAAUACAUAUCUAAUUUUUACCAAUGGUGACAUUAAGCCUAAUUUUUCCAAACCAAGUGGAGACUUAAGUUUUUGAAGUGUUGAAGUAUUUUUAAUUUUUUUUUAAUGAAACCGUAUUUUAAGUGUUAAAUGAAGCAAUGCUCACUUUAAUUUGCACUCUUGUUGGAAAUUCUAAAAAUGCUUACUUCAAAAUAAGACAUUUCAUACAUGUAAUUAUAUACUAUCAUGUGUAAACAUUUACACUAAGGUCUCCAUAUGCUAAUUUUUUCUACUGAAAACAGUUUGGAAAAAGCAGAAAGAGAUAUGGAUCAAUACUUGUUUGAUUACUGCUCUCCACCCCAAGUACCACAAAUGGCUUGCUGCUUAAAGGAGACUUAGCAAAGUUCUCUUGUAUCAUAAUUUGGUAUUUACUCAAACCUAAAAUUUACAGCCAGUGUGGGAAGUAGAAUUUCAUGUAUGCAGAAGACUGGUCAAUAUUAAACACUCUUCUUCCAGAGUUUUUGCCUGUGUUAGUACAUAUUAUCAAAGUCCACAUCAUGAAAUCAGAACUAUUUAUGUAAUUUUAAUAAGCUGAGUGACACAUUUAAACAAUGAAUCCAAGUGAUUGUGAAAAGAUCUCAAUACAAUGAAAUCAAUACUAAAUAA